AUGGCUGAUAAAGUAAGGGAAAACAACGAGUACCUUCGGAAUAAGGAAAAGUAUAUAGGCGUUGGAAAUGCCGAUACGACGCGAGACGAGUUUUUCACAAAUGUCCACAGAGACACGCUAGCGUCCAUUGCCCAGCACGACAGCUUGUUGCAGUAUAACGCUGUGGCGAUGAAUGAGCCGAAGCUUUUUGUGAAGCAGAGUUUGAUAAAGAAGAUGCCUGAACCUUACAGGUUAGCUGCUGAUGCAGUGGCGUCGUUGUUUUCUGUCGAUGUCGAGUCUGGUCUCUCUUCAUUGCAAGCUUCUGAUUUGGCUGCAAAACAUGGUCCCAACAACUUGGGCAACGAGGAGACCAUCUCGUAUGUUGCUAUUUUGUGCCACCAGGUUUUCAAUGCCAUGGUUUUGGUUUUGAUCAUUUCGAUGAUCAUUGCGUUGGCGAUCCGAGACUGGAUUUCCGGCGGUGUGAUUGCUUUUGUCGUUUUUGUCAAUGUCUUUGUGGGCUUUAUCCAAGAGGUGAAGGCCGAAAAGACCAUGGGCUCGUUGCGUAAUUUGACCUCUGCUUCUGCUGUGGUGAUUCGUGACGGCCAGACUUCGACAAUCAACGCCGUUGAUUUGGUUCCUGGUGAUAUUGUUGUGAUAAAAGUCGGUGAUACGAUUCCUGCUGAUUUGCGUUUGGUGGAUGCCAUGAACUUGGAAACUGACGAGGCCUUGCUUACAGGUGAGUCUCUUCCAGUGACAAAAAAUCACCAAGACGUGUAUGACGUUGAGGAACUGGUGCCUGUGGGAGAUCGUCUCAACAUGGCCUACUCCUCUUCAGUUGUUACCAAGGGUCGUGCUACAGGUAUCACCGUGGCCACCGGAUUACACACUGAAAUUGGAAAAAUCGCCUCUUCCUUGCAGUCGUCUGAAGACGAUUUGAUAGUCAAGAAGCGUCCAGGCGUAUCGCUAUUCACUUGCGUCUGGAGAUCCACUUUCAACAUUAUCAUGAACGUUCUUGGUACAAAUGUGGGUACCCCAUUGCAGCGCAAGUUGUCAUGGUUGGCGAUUAUUCUCUUUUUUGUUGCCGUGGUCUUUGCAAUCGUGGUGAUGGCCACUCAAGAAAUGGAUGUCAAUCGUUCAGUUGCCAUCUACGCCAUCUGCGUGGCUCUUUCUAUGAUUCCCUCGUCAUUGAUUGUCGUGCUUACCAUCACAAUGGCUAUUGGUGCCCAGGUCAUGGUCACGAAGAACGUUAUCGUGAGAAAAUUAGACUCUUUAGAAGCUCUUGGAGGUAUCGACGAUAUUUGUUCCGAUAAGACUGGUACCCUCACCAUGGGCAAGAUGAUUGCCAGAAAGCUCUGGGUACCUUCGCUUGGUACAUUUUCGGUAACAAACUCCACCGAGGUGUACAAUCCAGAGGUUGGUGAAGUCAGCUUUGUCAACUUGUCUCCUAAGGAGAUUAAUGACAUUGAUGAGGAGCCAGAAUACAAGCCUUUCAGCACCAAACAGUCGCUGUACUUGUUUUCAAGGUGGAUGGACGCCGCUACUUUGGCCAACAUUUCCUCCAUCCAGCCUGUCGAAAAAGACGCUGGCACUGUUUGGGAAGGUCAGGGUGAUGCGACCGAAAUUGCCAUCAAUGUCUUCUGUACUCGUUUGGAGUCUACGAGACAAAAGCUCAUUGGCGAUAGAUCACUAGAGCAUUUUGCUGAAUUUUCCUUCGACUCCUCCAUCAAGAGAAUGUCGUCUAUUUACGGUAAAUCCAGUGCUGACGCUAUGAUCUACACAAAGGGUGCAGUUGAAAGAAUCUUGGAUAUUUGCGAGUUCAAGUACGGGUCAAACGACCAGGAUUCAAAGGAAGCACUCACUGAUGCUCACAAGAAGGAAAUCGAGGAGGUGAUGAAUAAUCUCUCCAGCGAGGGCCUCAGAGUGUUGGCUUUCGCUGAACGAAACGUCAAUUGUACAAAGAUCAACAUCAACAACCGUGAGGAGGUUGAGACUGGAUUGACGUUUUUGGGCUUGAUUGGUAUCUACGAUCCACCUCGUCCUGAGACCAGGGGCUCUGUUAAACUAUGCCACAAAGCAGGUAUCAAUGUCCAUAUGCUUACUGGUGAUAUGCUUGGAACUGCUCGAGCUAUUGCCCAGGAAGUAGGAAUUCUUCCUCACAACUUGUAUCACUACUCCGAUGAUGUGAUCAAGUCUAUGUGUAUGACCGCCACUGAGUUUGACAAGCUCAGCGAUUUGGAGAUCGACAAUUUGCCUGUUCUUCCUUUGGUCAUUGCCCGUUGUGCUCCACAGACAAAGGUGAGGAUGAUUGAAGCGUUGCACCGUCGUAACAAAUUCUGUGCUAUGACAGGUGACGGAGUCAACGAUUCUCCUUCUUUGAAAAAGGCUGAUGUCGGUAUUGCCAUGGGCAUGAAUGGCUCAGAUGUGGCCAAAGAUGCUUCCGACAUUAUUCUUACGGACGACAACUUUGCUUCCAUUCUUCACGCCAUCGAAGAGGGAAGAAGAAUGUCGUCUAACAUUCAAAAGUUCGUUUUGCAGUUGCUUGCUGAAAACGUCGCUCAGGCGCUUUACUUGAUUGUGGGUUUGGCGUUCUUCGAUAAUUCGGGCUUCUCUGUUUUUCCUUUGUCUCCAGUUGAAACACUCUGGAUUAUCGUGGUGACAUCCUGUUUCCCAGCUAUGGGAUUGGGUCAGGAGAAAGCAAGUGACGAUAUUUUGGAUGUGCCGCCAAACAACAGAAUCUUCACAUCCGGCAUGAUCUUGGACAUGUUUGUCUAUGGUACUUGGAUGGCGGCCUGUUGUAUGGCUGUAUUUGUCAUUGUCGUCUACGGAAAAGGCAGUGGCGAAUUGGGCUACAAGUGUAACGAAAAUAGCGGCAGCAAUUGUGAUUUGGUCUUUGAGGGAAGAUCAGCCGCUUUUUCGGCCUUCACUUGGUGUGCUUUGUUUUUGGCUUGGGAAUGUAUCCACAUGAAGUUCUCCUUCUUCAACAUGAGACCAGAGCUGGAGAACCCGUGGUACGCGACUUUGGGUGCUGAUCUCUGGGACAAUCAAUUUUUGUUUUGGUCGGUGAUUGGUGCUUUUGUUUCUGUUUUCCCUGUCAUUUAUAUUCCGGUGAUCAACGAUAAAGUGUUUUUGCAUGGACCCAUUGGUUACGAAUGGGGUGUUUCCAUCGGAUUCACAAUUGUAUUCUUCGCUGGUUGUGAGGUUUGGAAGUUUUGCAAGAGAAGGUAUUAUAAAAAGGCAUCUCUGGAUGGAAACUAUCUCGAGAGCUUUGACCCCUUCCUGGCAUAUUCUUCUUUUGAGAAGGUAUAA